AUGCCCUCUGCCGCCCCUGCUGGGGGAUAUGAACGCGUCGCUUCUGGCGAAGAUGCAGAAUCAGCGGCAUCGAGCUCCGCAAAGAACGCGUCAGAUCGAAUUGGAGACUGCCGGGAACAUGACUACAGCAAGGGAACAACAGCAACAACUCACCACGAAAACGACGACAGCGGCGCUGGACUUCCACCUGACCAAGGAGAGCAAAGUUUUUCUCCCGUAGAUGAGCUGCAGGUGUUGAGGAAGCUCGACAAGCGCGUGGUUCUGUUCGUGGCCUUCCUGUACUUGCUAAGUUUUUUGGAUAGAAGCAAUAUUGGGAACGCUCGCAUCGCGGGAAUGGAAAAGGAUCUGAAUUUAUCGGGCAGGCAGUACGACAUGCUACUGACCGCCUUCUACAUCACGUACAUUCUGUUUGAGUGGAUGGCGUUGCUGUUUCGGCUCAUCAGGCCGCAUAUAUACUUAGCAUCCUGUGUUAUGGCCUGGGGACUACUGGCUUCUUUGCAGUCCAUCAGCAGCUCUUAUCCCUUCCUCCUGGUCCUCAGAGGUCUUCUUGGCAUUUCUGAAGCUGCGUUCGCCGGCGUGCCGUUUUAUCUCUCCUUCUUCUUCCGAAACGAUGAAAUGGCCGCCAGGGUUGGGAUCUUUAUAUCUGCAGCUCCUCUGGCAACCGCAUUUGCGUCGAGCCUUGCCUGGUUGAUCACGUGGUUCGGCGAGAAGACACGUGUUUGGGCGCCUUGGAGACUCCUCCUUCUGGUUGAAGGAUUUCCCAGCAUUGUUGUGGCGUUCUGGGUGUGGAAUUCCUUGCCUGAUAGCAUCGAAGAAGCUAGAUUCCUGACCAAAAGAGAGAAAGAAGUCGCAACUGCAAGGAUCGAAGACGAAAAAAGCUCGACCACAAAUAUGGACGAGAAGUUGGCGCAAAACAAAGGUUCCAGGCUCAAGGCUCGCGAGAUAUUCGAAGCCUUAACUGAUGCCAAGUGUUACUUGACAGCAGUCAUGUUUUUCAGCAUCAAUGUUGCCUUUAGCUCCAUGCCGGUCUUCCUGCCUACAAUUAUAAAAGAGAUGGGCUGGUCUUCAAUCAUGUCACAGGCGUUAUCCGCACCCCCAUAUCUUGUUGCCUUUGUUGUAGUGCUGUACUCAGCACAUGCGAGUGACAAGGCAAAGGUUCGCUCACCAUUCAUAAUGUUCAACGCCUCUAUUGCCUGUCUAGGCUAUCUACUAAUAUUUUUGGCUGGUCUACUCGGACUCCCAAGCUGGGUUCGCUAUCUGGGCGUAUAUCCUGCGACCGCUGGGUUUUUCGCAUGUGUCACGCUCAUCAUCACGUGGACCCUGAAUAUCCAAGAGAGCGAUUCCAAGAAAGGAACUGGUGUAGCUAUGUUACAAUACUUUGGUCAAAUGGGUCCUUUGCUAGGGACGAGGCUCUAUCCCAAGGAUGAAGGACCACUGUAUCUCAAGGGAAUGGCGGUUUGUGCCGGCUUCAUGGCGCUUGUUGGAAUCCUUGCCUUGUGCCUAAGGUGGAAGCUCCAAAAUGCGAAUCUUCAGCUUAGAAGCAAUGAACCGAAUGAAGAUGGCGAGGAGGACGUAGAAUUGCUUGCUAAUGGUCAGGAAAGGCGACCAACGAAGACCUUCACGUACUUAAUAUAA